UUGUAAAAAUGAAAAAUAAACAGUUAAAAAAGAAAAAUUAAAAACUGUAUAAAAUGUCAACAUGCUGGCUCAAAAUUUCAGCUGGGUCGUCUUAGUAAGAGGGUCUGAUGUUGACACCUCCCAAAACACCCUGCAGUUUGGGGUCCAGUGUUUUCAAGGACAUAUUCACUGCAAGAGUGAGGAAUUUAGAAGCCACGGCUGCCAUUAUUACGUUUAGAUAAGUGAGUCCCAAGUUCACUUAUAUUACAUCUUUGUGUUUAAUCAGUGGGCCACUAUCUAUAUGCAACACAUGCAUUGAUUUUUACAGCAAUCAUUUGGCUCUGUUCUGGCCCUGUUCUUAGGUAGAUAUAACAAUACACAUCACAACAUAAUCAUCUUACAAUUUCAUGCAAAAUGAGCCUUCAUACAAAGCAGUUGAGCCUUCAUACAAAGCAGUUCAACAAACAUCAGAGACUUUCAAUUUUAGGCACUCUGCCAAUAUUUAGUCCGGCAAUAGGUUUCACCCCAAGGGUUCAAAGGUGUGAUUUGUUGUCAGUGACUAUAAAGAACGAAGAAAGGCAUCCUUCAAAGAUAAGGACACUGACUUCUGCUAUAAAUACAGGAGUCUGUCUACACCUCCCUUCCCUGGUUCAGGUCUCAUGUUAUAUGUCAAAGGGCUGAGCUCAGAGGGUCAGAGCCAUAGAUUACAGUUUGUUGCAAUCAGAGGUGGCUUUUGUAAGUCUCCUUACUAGAUCAUCUGUUGUUUACAUUGGCAUCAUCGUAGCCACUCAAGAUGUUGUGUUCCACUGGAGUAUUACCGGUAUUUCUGGCAGAGGCGGACUCUCGUCAGUCAUCUGCUCACAGUUGGGUUUGUAGCGACUUUGCUUCCAGACAGUAAACAAGGUCAAUGCAGGAGAGCAGCUCCAGACGUCUCGGCUGUAAAGGUGUGUUUCAUGUGAAGAAGAACAUGGCCUGGACUUGUGAGAUGCCGCAGAAGAGAGGCUUUGGUGAAAACAACGGGAUUCAGACUAAGACCAUCAACGGCUCGAGUGGUGCAUCCACAACUAGAAUCACCACCAUUCGUCUCCAGGACAUUUACGAUCCAAAGCCUCAACCCCAGAAAGUUCCCGUGCGGAUUCGCCCUCCGGGUCCGAGACCUCCCUCAGUGAAGGAGCUCAAUUCAAAACCGAGCUUCCCCGGCGAUCCUCCAACAAAGACAAUCAUGAGGAGACGAGCUCAGUCUCUCCCUUUGUCUGCAGACAGGAAAAAGGAGUUCAGGAGCCUGCAGGUACGUUUUGUGGACUCGUUAGGACUCGAGUUAGAGGAAGUCAAGGUAUUUAAAGCCCAAGAGCACCCAUCGAUACCUGAACAUGUUUUGUUUAGACUACUGAUGAGUUCUGAGCAUGCUUUCGGGAGGUCAAUGGAGUUGUCCCUGCCUUACUUCAAACCCUGUUUCCCUGAGAAUAUGGGGAUUCAUCCCGACUUCCUGGAGAAACUCUGCACUCAGAGUGUGUGUCUGGAGCAGGUUCUGUGUUCAGAGCAGGGGAUAACAGGCACUAUACAAGUACUUAACUUAGCGUAUGAGAAAAAGGUCACAGUGCACUAUUCUUUCACAAACUGGAGAUCCCAAACAGAAACAACAGCAUCAUGGCUAUCGAGCGGUUACUGUAGAGACGGAGAUCACAACGCUCCGGAAGCAGAUCUCUUCAGGUUUCGUCUGCCCGUGCCGCCCUUCAUUUUGCAGCCAGGAGCUGUCUUAGAGUUUGCGAUCUGCUACAGUGUGAAAGGAUUUAAACACUGGGACAACAACAAUGGACAAAACUACAAACUGUCUUGUCACAGCUACAAAGUGACCGUGCCGAGGGAGUGUGAGGACAGCAUGCAGCAUUUUACCUGAGUGUCCACACUGCUACUACAGAAGCCCCCAGAGGACAUGCAUCCAUACAUACUAUUUGGAUUGUUUUCUCGAGAUCUCAACUUAUUUAUCUAGAUAUCUUGGGAUUAUGGUGCGUGCCAUUUUCCUCUGGAGUCGGAUGUCGCAUCUGGGAAGGUCGCCCGAGGCAAAAUGAGUGUUUUUGUUUUGUUAGCUAACACACUACGUGAAUGUUUCCAUGUGGAAGCAACAUAACUUGCAAGAGACUAUUGGUGUGAUUGAUAAAAAAAAAUAAAAAAAAGACUAAGCUGCUAAUAAACACUUUCAUGUGCAGUUUAAACUUUACUGUUGAUGCACAGAGCAGCCAUGUUGGAUUUUGAGCUCAGGUUACUGAAGUUCCUCCGACUUUUCCAGCCAGACUUCUGACUUCAGGGCCGUUCCUGAAGACAUCGACUUCGACUUACAACUGGAAAUUUCUGUCCUCCGAGUUAAAAUGGAACGCACCGCUACAAUGCUGUUUUUUUCCUGUGAUAAAACCUUAAUUUCAGUCCUCUCUCUCGGGGCGUCAAGAAAUUAACUAUGAAUUUGUUUUCAUGGGAAAACUAAUGCUGCUAUAUUUAGAUAUCAACACAGUUAAAUUUAGAUCUCAAGAAAAACAACCAGAGACUAUUAGUUAUCACAAGUUAAGAGUAAAAUAAAAUGUAAGGAUGUAUGUCCGCUUAGGGCCUCCGUACAGUGUCGAUUCUAGAGUCUGUUGGGGCCCUAGGCAAGAAAUAACUGGGGGCCCAACAACCUGCAUUUAUCACCACUAUGUCUGCCAGUGUCCCAACGCUUUCUCCUCAUCCUGUUUCUGUUUUCUCUCGGAUAAUUCCUCUGCAUUUUUCUUG